AUGUCCGACGAAGAGUUUGACUUGAAAAAGAAGAAGAAAAAAUCCAAGAAGGUUGAUUUCGACGCGUUCGAGACGGAAGAUGCUCCGAAUGAUGGUGGUGAUGCUGGUGUCGCGGCAGCCGUCGCGGAGAAAAUAGAAGAUUUGGAUCGUACGUGUUUCGUGUUUUUCUCUCGUUUUGGGUUUUUCUUCGUCUUCUUUUUUCUUCAUCCGCUUCUUCCUUUCUUAACGCAGCAGCAGUUUUCAUUCGUCAUUCAAAGAGAUGGUGACGAUGAUGAGAACGCGAUGACUGUCGUCGAGCCGCUUUUGGACCUGAAAACUGCUGCUGUCGAAGAGUUUGGUAAGAAGAAGAAAUCAAAGAAGAAGAAGAAACUCGCGUUAUCAGACGACGAGGAAGGAGGAGGAGAGAACGAAGAGGAGGAAAAGGCGACGACCUCGUCGUCCGGCGGCGGCGUUCAAUCCGGGUUAGGUCUCCCUUGGGACGGUUCCGAUCGAGACUACCACUACGACGAACUUCUCGGUCGCGUCUUUGGCAUUCUCAAGGAGAAGAAUCCGGCGCUGUCGGAGAAGACGAAAACGAUUAUUAAACCGCCGCAAAUUGCGAGAGAAGGGACGAAGAAGACGGUGUUUGCAAACUUGAUGGAGAUUUGCAACGCGAUGCACAGACCGCACGAGCACGUGACGCAAUACAUGAUGGCAGAACUCGGGACGACUGGGACUUUAGACGGUCAGCAAAGGCUGAUUAUUAAAGGGAGAUUUCUGCCGAAAGUGUUCGAAGGUGUUUUGAGACACUACUUUAUCGAUUACGUGAUUUGCAACAUGUGCAAGAGUUCGGACACGCAGUUAGUGAAAGAGGCGACGACGAGGUUAAGUUAUUGUAGGUGUCAAUCGUGCGGCGCGUCUAGGUCGGUGUCGAAUAUUCAAAAAGGUUACACCGCGGUUGGGAGAGGUGAGAGAAGGAAAGCCAGAGCAAUGGGGACGUAA